AUGGCUCGCGGCCGAGCUUCCCAGCGCUCGUACAGUCAACUUUGGUUACAACAGGCUUCCUUUUCUAUCGGCGAUUUCAUAACUGAUCUCUUGUUUCGGAUGGAGUACGAGGAUAAUGGCCCCGAAAGUUUCGGUCAGGUGCCGAUAAUUGUAGUAGCAGACUCUAUGGGAGGUCUAGUAUUCAAAACGGCAUUCGUCCAGGGUCUCUUGAACGACGAGUUUCAUGACAUCACAUCCCACGUCAAGGCUUCGCUCUUUCUCGCCACAUCACACAGAGGAACACACCUGGCAAAGACACUCAACAGAAUCCUCAUCGGCUCGGUGUUUGGUUAUUCUCCGAAAGGCUUUGUCACAGAACUUACUCGUGGAAGUCCUACCAUCGACGAGUUGAAUGAGUCUUUUCGCCACCACGCGUCCAGGCUGCAGAUUCUCUCGUUUUGUGAGACUAUAGCCACUUCUGUUGGACCAGUGCAGUUCAUGAUCAUUGAAAAGAGUUCGUCGGUCAUGGGCUAUUCCAACGAGACUCGCCAACCUCCCAACGCCAGCCAUCAUACCGUCUCCAAAUUUACCGGUGCAGAAGAUCCAAACUGCGCAUCAGUUGCUCUUCGAAGUGCCAUGGCUUCAAUAACCUCUCCAGAAGCACAAGACAAAGUUGCUGAAGAUGAACUACGACUAGUCAAAGAACUGUUGGGCAUAGCAGGGCCUCCGCGAGAUGAUCUUAUAGCCAGUCGGGCUCUACGGAAAGAUGGAACCUGUGAGAGCAUACUUGCAACCGAUCACUUGAACUUGAAGAGCUGGACGACUUCUGGAGACCAUCCUCUUUGGGCUCAUGCUCCUCCGGGAAGUGGCAAAUCCACAGUGGCGGCCUAUGUCGUCGAUCACCUUCUCGCCAGCAGCGUGUGUGCGUUUUACUUUUUCAAGCACGGAAACAUGCAAGGAAGGUCUUCAGCGAGCAUGCUUCGAUCCAUACCCUUGCAGAUGGCCAUGUGUAUACCAGGCUUCCGGCAGCAGGUGGCGGCUCUUGUGCGAUCCGGCAUGGCUAUUCAAGAAGACGAUGGUAUUACAGUAUGGAGAAUCAUCUUUCUAAUUAUAUUAGCUACCAUCUAG